AUGAGCUUUUCGCACGCCACCGCAAGUGAAGAUGAAGAUAAUAAAAUUGUUGUAACCUUUAACCAGGACUAUACGUCGCUAGCAGUGGGAACUAAAAUUGGCUACAAGUUGUACGACCUCAAGAAGACUGACAAGUUGGAAUUGCUUUACGAAAACAACUCUGGUUACACAUGCAUCGUCGAGAGAAUGUUUUCCUCCAGCCUGCUGGCAACUGUCAAUCUAUCUUCGCCAAGGAAGCUUCAAGCGUGGCAUUUCAAAAAGAAUGCAGGAAUUCUUCAACAUUCGUACAUGAACACCAUUUUGGCGGUGAAGCUCAAUCGCCAACGUCUGGUGGUGUGUCUGGAGGACAGCAUCCUCAUCCACAACAUCUCCGAUCUGAAAAUGAUCCACACUAUCAAGCACAUACCGCUCAACCCACAAGGACUGAUCGCUCUUUCCCCAAGCAACGAUCCCUGCUAUCUCGCAUAUCCUGCCAAAAACACUACUGGCGAAGUGAACAUUUUUGACGCUUUCAAGUUGGAGAACAAAUUGACCAUUGCUGCUCACGACAAUCCUCUCGUAUCCAUGACCUUUGACUCUCAGGGAACUAAACUAGCUACUGCCUCCGAUAAGGGGACUGUUAUACGCGUUUUUGAUACUCUCAAGGGCAGUUGUAUUUACGAGUUUCGCCGUGGAUACGCUCGCUGCGUCUCAAUCUACUCCUUAUCCUUCAGUUCUGACUCGCUCUUUCUCUGCGCUUCCAGCAACACUGAAACUGUUCAUAUUUUUAAGCUCGCCGAAAACAAACCUCAAGAGGAUGAUCUUUCGGACAUGUUCAUGGGCGCAGUGAAGAAGGUCUUCCAGUCGGCCAGCUCCAUUGGUCUCACCUCAGUGGGAGACAUGAUGAACCAGUGGCGUUCCUUUGCCACCGUCAGGCUGCCCUUUAGCGGUCCAAAGUCGGUGUGCGCCAUCACCACUCCUACGUCUGCCAACAGAGCGCCGCAUGUUUUGGUUGCGUCCACCGAUGGCUACCUCUACGUCUAUGAUCUGAACGUCGUCGACGGUGGUGAUUGCACUCUCAUCCGGCAACACUGCCUAAUCGAAGACAUCGGAAGCCCCGAAGCUGCACCCGCACAAGCUGCUGUCGUCGAUAACUGA